GUGCUGUUGACAUUAUAUUCUACGGUUUAAUAUCGGUUCUUCGUCCUUAUCUUGAAAUCCACAGGACUUACUCUGAGCAGCGCUAUUAGCUGAUUUGCCCUUCCAAAGCAUACGCAUAUCAGCAGGUUUUCUCAACCUAAGAGAUGGGAGCAUCAUGCGACGUGACCAUUAACAGGACCACGCAUUACCGUUGUUAAGUAAACUCAGAGAUGGAGUAUUCUGUGGGGCCAAAAGCACCCGAUCCAACCCUCGCCGUUAUAGAAGCGUGCCAGAAAGCAGAGCAGGAAGCAAGGAUGGCCAAUGCUGCCAAGGAGGCUGAACGCGAGUUGAAAGAAUGCAUUCAACCUGCAGGGACUCCCACACCUGGAGAAGUUAGCGCCGCCAAGCAGAAAGUUCAAUAUCGUGAGGGCCUUGUCCCCUUCGCAGUAGUCGAGGUGGCAGGAGGAGGGAAAUCAUCUCUCAUCAAUGCCUUCUGCGGUUUGCGUAAUAACAAUAUCAGAUCUGUAGACACUGGCGUCACCGAGACAACGCUAGCCAUGGUUAGACUCCCCGACCCCAAUGCGGAAUAUCCUCGUGUCUUGUACGAUAUCUUGGACUAGACUCGUAACCAGUAGAUCUGGACUACGUCUUUGAGAUGUUAAGUGCUUGACAUAGUCAGACUGGUCGAUCUCGGAGAAAUU